AUGGCCAACGGCGCUAAGGUGAGAUCAGGCACGUUCCGCGUGGGCGGCCACGAGUGGCGUCUCGUAUGCUACCCAAACGGCAACGGGAAGGAAUACGAGGGGUACAUGUCCCUCUUCCUCGAGCAUGCCAGCCACGAGAGCACCGGGGAUGCCACGGCCAAGGCCCAGCUGAGCAUACUCGAUCAGGCCUGGAAGCCGAGCUACACUCGAGACAUAGCCAAGACCCGCUUCUUCUCGAGUAACCUCAGUUGGGGCACGCGGGGCUUCGUGAAACACCAGGAUCUGGACGCGCUGACGAAGAAGCAUCUCAAUCUCAAGGACGACGGCCUGACCAUCUUGUGCGACGUCACCGUCACCGAGCUGCGGAGUGGACGUGCAGAACUGCAGAUCGAGGUCGGCGGGGAGACGCUCCCCGCCCACCGGCGGAUACUCGAGGUCGGGUCACCCGUCUUCAAGGCGGACCUCUCGCUCGCCUCGGGCGACAGCAGCAGCGACACCACCUUACUACGCGUCGAUGACAUGGACGCCGAGGUGUUCAAGGCCGUGCUCCAGUUCAUCUACACGGACUCGCCUCCCAUGAUCGUGUCGGCGUCCAUGGCGGAGAGGCUGCUCGUCGCAGCGGACAGGUACAAGCUGGAAGAGUUGAAGCUCCUCUGUGAGGACGCAUUGUGCUGGCACGUCGAGAUGAGCUCCGUGGCUGUCACUCUAGCGUUGGCGGAGAAGCAUAAUUGCUCCAUGCUGAGGGCGGCAUGCAUCCAGUUCCUCUCUUCUCCGGGGAACCUGGAAUCAUUCAUGGCAUCGGAUGGGUUUGAGAAGCUAAGGACAUGUUGUCCCUCUGCUCUCAUGGAGCUUGUCCUGAAGAAGAUUACAAUAUACUAG